AGUACCUAGCCCACAUGAUUUGACUCAGAGAUUCUCUUUCGUCCACAGACAGUCAUCUCAGGAGCAGAAAGAAAAGAGCUCCCAAAUGCUAUAUCUAUUCAGGUGCUCUCAAGAACAAUGGAAUAUCAUCCUGAUUUAGAAAAUUUGGAUGAAGAUGGAUAUACUCAAUUACAUUUCGACUCUCGAAGCAAUACCAGGAUGGCUGUUGUUUCAGAGAAAGGAUCGUGUGCUGCAUCUCCUCCUUGGCGCCUCAUUGCUGUGAUUUUGGGAAUCCUAUGCUUGGUAAUACUGGUGAUAGCUGUGGUCCUGGGUACCAUGGCUAUUUGGAGAUCCAAUUCAGGAAGCAACACAUUGGAGAAUGGCUACUUUCCAUCAAGAAAUAAAGAGAUCCACAGUCAACCCACACAAUCAUCUUUAGAAGAGAGUGUGACUCCUACCAAAGCUGUCAAAACCACAGGGGUUCUUUCCAGCCCUUGUCCUCCUAAUUGGAUUAUAUACGAGAAGAGCUGUUAUCUAUUCAGCAUGUCACUAAAUUCCUGGGAUGGAAGUAAAAGACAAUGCUCGCAACUGGGCUCUAAUCUCCUAAAGAUAGACAGCUCAAAUGAAUUGGGAUUUAUAGUAAAACAAGUGUCUUCCCAACCUGAUAAUUCAUUUUGGAUAGGCCUUUCUCGGCCCCAGACUGAGGUACCAUGGCUCUGGGAGGAUGGAUCAACAUUCUCUUCUAACUUAUUUCAGAUCAGAACCACAGCUACCCAAGAAAACCCAUCUCCAAAUUGUGUAUGGAUUCACGUGUCAGUCAUUUAUGACCAACUGUGUAGUGUGCCCUCAUAUAGUAUUUGUGAGAAGAAGUUUUCAAUGUAAGGGGAAGGGUGGAGGAGGAGAGAUAAAUAUGUGAGGUAGUAAGGAGGACAGAAAACAGAACAGAAAAGAGUAACAGCCAAGGUCAAAAUAAAUGCAGAAAAUGUUUAGAGAGCUUGGCAAACUGUAAUGUUAACCAAGAAAUUGAAGGGAGAGGUUGUGAUUUCUGUAUUUGUCGACCUACAGGUAGGCUAGUAUUAUUUUUCUAGUUAGUAGAUCCCUAGACAUGGAAUCAGGGCAGCCAAGCUUGAAUUUUUAUUUUUUAUUUUUUUGUUUUUUUUGAGAUAGGGUCUCACUUUGUCACCCAGGCUGGAGUGCAGUGGCACAAUCUUGGCUCACUGCAGCUAUCUCUCGCCUCAGCCCCCAAAGUAGCUGGGACUACAGGUGCAUGCCACCAUGCCAGGCUAAUUUUUGGUGUUUUUUGUAGAGACUGGGUUUUGCCAUGUUGACCAAGCUGGUCUCUAACUCCUGAGCUCAAGUGAUCUGCCCGCCUUGGCCUCCCAAAGUGCUGGGAUUACAGAUGUGAGCCACCACACCUGGCCCCAAGCUUGAAUUUUCAUUCUGCCAUUGACGUGUCAUUUACCUUGGGUAAGCCAUGAGCGAAUCUUAAUUUCUGCCUCUAUCAGAGUUGUUUCAUGCUCAACAAUGCCAUUGAAGUGCAUGGUGUGUUGCCACGAUUUGACCCUCAACUUCUAGCAGUAUAUCAGUUAUGAACUGAGGGUGAAAUAUAUUUCUAAAUAGCUAAAUGAAGAAAUGGGAAAAAAUCUUCACCACAGUCAGAGCAAUUUUAUUAUUUUCAUCAAUAUGAUCAUAAUUAUGAAUAUCGUCUUUAAAAAGCAGGAACUCCUACUUUUUCUUUAUCAAUUAAAUAGUUCAGAGAGUACGUCUGCCAUAUCUCUAAUAGAAUCUUUUUUUUUUUUUUUGAGACGGAGUUUCGCUCUUGUUGCCCAGGCUGGAGUGCAAUGGCACGAUCUUGGCUCACCGCAACCUCUGCCCCCUGGGUUCAAGUGAUUCUCCUGCCUCAGCCUCCCAAGUAGCUGGGAUUACAGUCAUGCACCACCACACCCGGCUAAUUUUGUAUUUUUUUAGUAGAGACAGGGUUUCUCCAUGUCAGUCAGGGUAGUCCCGAACUCCUGACCUCAGGUGAUCUGCCUGCCUUGGCCUCCCAAGUGCUGGGAUUACAGGCGUGAGCCACCGCGCCCGGCCUAGAAUCUUGUAUAAUAUGUAAUUGUAGGGAAACUGCUCUCAUAGGAAAGUUUUCUGCUUUUUAAAUUACAAAAAUACAUAAAAAUAUAUAAAAUCUAAUGAUGAAUAUAAAAAACUAACCAAUCUCAUUGGAACAAGUAUUAACAUUUUGGAAUAUGAAACAUGUUUUAUUAGUUUUGUGAUGUACUGUUUUACAAUUUUUACCAUUUUUUCAGUAAUUACUGUAAAAUGGUAUUAUUGGAAUGAAACUAUAUUUCCUCAUGUGCUGAUUUGUCUUAUUUUUUUCAUACUUUCCCACUGGUGCUAUUUUUAUUUCCAAUGAAUAUUUCUGUAUUACUAGGGAGGCAUUUACAGUCCUCUAAUGUUGAUUAAUAUGUGAAAAGAAAUUGUACCAAUUUUACUAAAUUAUUCAGUUUAAAAUGGAUGAUUUUGUUAUGUGGAUUUCAUUUCAAUAAAAAAAAACUCUUAUCAAAAAA